CGUGUGGCAAAUUAAUCGAUCGAAUUUGAAGGAAAUGGAUGUUCAUUAUGAAGAUAGAUCUUGGUCGAAUCAAAUCGAAGAAAUCGAAAAAGACCAGAUGAAGAGAUCAGGACCAUGGACUGUCGAGGAAGAUUUCAUUCUCAUGAAUUACAUAACUAAACAUGGUGAAGGCCAUUGGAACUCUUUAUCUCUUUCUGCAGGUUUAAAAAGAACCGGUAAGAGUUGUAGAUUGAGAUGGUUAAAUUAUUUACGUCCUGAUGUUCGUCGAGGCAACAUUACUCUCCAAGAACAACUUUUAAUUCUCGAACUCCAUUCUCGAUGGGGCAACCGAUGGUCAAAAAUCGCGGAAUAUCUACCCGGAAGAACGGACAAUGAAAUCAAAAACUAUUGGAGAACACGGGUGCAAAAAUAUGCCAAGCAACUCAAAUGUGAUGUGAACAGCAAACAAUUUAAAGAUACCAUGAGACACAUAUGGAUGCCCCGACUUGUCGAAAAAAUUCAGGUUGAGGCUGCGAAAAUCUCUUCAACAACCCCAAUUGAGUUGGAUAACAACAUUAAUAGUUGUAUGAAUGUGGUCGGUUUGCCUACAACGGGUAGUACUAAGGUUGAAUUUGGCAGCCCACAAGUUGUUAUUGACGAAUUCUACGACAAGCCCGAGCAAUCUAGUGCAACGACAUCCUCUGACUCGUUCGGAUCUAUCGAACAAUGGUCAAAUACUUCGAACCAGGUCGACUAUUACUACAACAAUAACGGUUAUAAUUCGGUUAAUGAUGCCAAUAAUAAUCAAGAACAAUGUUAUCCGGAUUCUCUAAUUAGCCCUACGGGUUACUUUAGCCACGGUUUCGACUUUCCUGACAUUUCAGAGAUUCGUUGCGAAAAUCAAUGGUCGGAUGAUCAAUUGGCUGUUACAUCGGACAAUUUAUGGAACAUGGACGAUAUUUGGUUCCUACAAUAGAAGAAUAAUAACAUAUAGAUUAAAAUUGCAUUAAUUGUUAUUUUUUAAAUAUUAUGAGGUAAAUUAGUACUACAAUCGGUGA